AAUGAAAAACCUGGCCUUUCUCUAACAAUUUUACUUUGUUUUGUGCUAUUAUUUAUUUUGAUUUUGUUUUCUCCGUAGUGAUCUCGAGGUGGGUUUGUUAUUUUGUUCGAUAUUAAUGGAGAUUAUUAUAGCUUUAGCUUAGUUUCCUAAACGAUUCUAUCGUUUUUUUCCUAACAUUUACAACUCGAUUCAUAAAAAAUAUAUAUUUUUUCUAUUGUUUGAUGUCUGGGUUUAUAAAUUUCAGGUCUUUUUCUUGAUCAGUUGAUAAAAGGGGAGCUUUUCUAGGAAUAAUAAUCAGGCUAUGGCGGUAGUUGAGAAUGUUUCGAAUCAAGAUGCGGCGGCGGCGGUAGCAAUGAACAACCAGGAUCAGUCAAAGCAAAACCAUGGAGGGUCAAAAAUCGAUCCGAGCUUGCACCAGAUCGAUCAAGGGUUGUACAAUAAGAUCGGUGGUCCUCAUCCUCGAUCUAACGGUGUGGAUUUGCGGGGGAGCAAUGGUGGUGUUGGGGAUGAAGUUGGGGAUAGCUUCAAGAGGGACAUGAGAGAGUUGCAAGAACUAUUCUCUAAACUUAACCCCAUGGCUGAAGAGUUCGUGCCACAUUCAGUUGCUAACCAUGGAAUCAAUGGGGGUCUCUUCGCCAACAACUCAUUUUUGCAAAACAACAGCAUCCCAAGAAAUGGCAAUGGUGCUGGUAGGCGGAAGAAAGUUUUCAGUCAAGGGAAAGGGAGACUGAACACCAGGACAAGUAUGGCCCAAAGGGAAGAGGUUAUCCGAAGGACUGUUUAUGUGUCUGAUAUUGACCAUCAGGUCACUGAAGAGCAACUUGCAGGUUUAUUUGUGAACUGUGGACAGGUGGUUGACUGCCGCAUUUGUGGCGAUCCUAAUUCUGUACUUCGUUUUGCCUUCGUUGAGUUCACUGAUGAAGAAGGUGCACAAGCUGCUCUGAGUCUGGCAGGGACUAUGCUUGGAUUCUACCCAGUUAAAGUGCUGCCCUCUAAAACAGCUAUUGCACCAGUAAACCCAACAUUUUUGCCAAGGAAUGAAGAUGAACGCCAAAUGUGUGCAAGAACUAUCUAUUGUACAAACAUUGACAAGAUGGUUACUCAUGAUGAUGUUAGACUCUUUUUUGAAGCUGUCUGUGGGGAGGUUUAUCGCCUAAGGUUGCUAGGGGACUAUAACCAUUCUACCCGCAUUGCAUUUGUUGAGUUUGUAAUGGCUGAAAGUGCAAUUGCUGCCCUUAACUGUAGUGGUGUGGUUCUGGGAUCCUUGCCCAUAAGGGUAAGUCCGUCGAAGACCCCAGUUCGGGUGCGCACGCCUCGCCUUCCAAUACACUGAAUCAUCUCGGCCCUCAGAAAUUAAUUUAGUACCAGUUUAUAUAAUAUAUAUUUUAAAUUACAUACUCCUGAAUGUAAUGGUGUUUCGGUGUUGGCCUGCCGUUUUUAUAUCUGAUAUUGUCCACUGGUGCAUUGUUACCAUAGGAGUCACCUUUUUGUUUAUCCUUGCAACUUCCAAUACAUA